AUGACCGUCAACGUGGUUCGCCUCUCGCGCAUGUCGAGAGAGACACUUCGGCGUCAUUCUCAAUAUGUUGGAAAAGGGACCCCGACGCUCGGAAUUCGGCGCGAAACGAUUAACGCUUGGGAGAGGAGAGCGCCGCUCGCCCCGGUUCACGUCAAGAAGUUGACGAAGAAGGGUGUCCGCGUUCUGAUCCAGCCCAGCAAUCGUCGUGCUUAUCCCAUCCAGAAUUACAUCGCUGCUGGUGCAAUCGUGAAGGAGGACCUUAGUGAGGCUCAGUUGAUCAUUUCGGUGAAGCAGGUCCCGAUUGAUCAGCUGAUCCCCGACAAGACUUAUGCGUUUUUCUCGCACACCAUCAAGGCCCAGCAGGACAACAUGGAGAUGUUGGAUACGAUCCUGCAGCGGAAAAUCCGGCUCAUCGACUACGAGAAGAUCUGUGAUGAGCGUGGCAAGAGGAAAGUGAUGUUCGGCAAAUGGGCUGGAUAUGCCGGCUUUAUCGAUAUUUUGCACGGACUUGGGCUGCGUCUUUUGGCACUUGGUCAUCACACUCCAUUUUUGCAUCUCGGGCUUGCUCACAACUACUCCGAUAGCCACAUGGCCGUCAAUGCCAUCCGGGAUAUCGGCUAUGAGAUCGCCCUAAAUAAGAUGCCGCGUUCCCUCGGACCACUGAUCUUUGUCUUCACCGGCUCCGGAAAUGUGUCACAAGGAGCUCAAGAGCUGUUUGAACACUUGCCCCAUGAGUUUGUUGAUGUUGCCACGCUGCCAAAGGUUGCGCAGAAAGGAAGCCUGAACAAAGUCUAUGGUUGCGUUGUUACCCGUGCUGAUCAUAUGGUCCCGAAACACGGUGGUGUCUACAAUAAGCAAGAAUUUGAAGAGAAUCCGGAGCUCUAUACUUCAAAGUUUGCCACCGAGAUUGCUCCCUACGCUUCCGUGAUCAUCAACGGCGUCUACUGGGGUGUGAACACGCCGCGUCUCAUGACCAUUCCAGAUGCUAAGAACCUGCUGACGCCUAUCCAAAAGUACGAUGCCCCUGGUACCCCGACCCUGCCCCACCGUCUGAUCGCUCUGUGCGACAUUUCCGCUGACCCAGGAGGCUCGAUCGAGUUCAUGACCGAAUGUACAACCAUCGACAAGCCCUUCACGAUUUACGACGCCGAUUUCAACAAGAGCACGGAUAGCUUUGCUGCCUCGUCUGGCUGUCUCGUGUGUUCCAUCGACAAUAUGCCCGCCCAGAUGCCCGUUGAGGCGACUGAGCAGUUCGGAAACCUGCUCUUCCCAUAUGUUAUUGAUAUGCUGAACUGCGCUACCGACAUGCCCCUCGAUCGCCUUCAAUGCGCGCCAGAAGUCAAGCGGGCCAUCAUUACGGAUUCUGGGGAACUGACGCCGGAUUACGAAUACAUUGAUGAUUUGCGGAAGCAGAAGGCUGCACAAUCGCUACACAAGGCUCGUGCUGUUGGCACAAAUGACAAGAAGGUGUUACUCCUGGGUGCUGGGAUGGUCGCCGGUCCCGUAGCCGAUUUCUACUCGCGCCAAUCAAAUGUGUUGCUUACUGUCGCCACCGAAUCACAAGCCGAUGGGCAGAAGCUCUGCGUCGCCCCCAAUAUUUCCAAUAUUGUGGUUGACGUGAACACGGAGCAAGAUAUCUUGUCCAACCUUAUCAAGGAACACGAUCUGGUUGUCUCCUUGCUACCCUUCACUUUCCACCCGGCUGUCGCGAAGAUGUGCAUCAAGCACGGGCGUAACAUGUGUACGUCGAGCUACGUGUCGCCCGAACUCCAGGAACUGCACAAAGCUGCCCGUGAUGCUGGCGUGACGAUCAUGAACGAGAGUGGACUUGAUCCGGGAAUUGAUCAUAUGUUGGCUAUGGAGUGCUUCGACCGGGCUCACGACCACGGCGGCAAGGUGACGUCAUUCGUUUCGUUCUGCGGCGGACUCCCAGCCCCCGAAUGCUCGGACAACCCGCUUCGCUACAAGUUUAGCUGGUCGCCCAAGGGUGUCCUCAUGGCCCUUUUGAACCCGGCUCGUUAUCUUAUGGACGGAAAGAUUGUGGACAUCAAGCCGGGGAAGGUGGUCGACAACUUGUACCCCAUCGACUUCAUGCCCGGUUUCAACCUGAUCGGCUUCCCGAACCGUGACUCCACCAAAUACGCUGACAUCUACGGCUUGGGCCCAGAGUGCAAGACGUUACUCCGCGGGACCCUGCGUUUCAAGGGCUUCGUUGAGACGGCAAAGGCUCUCGAUGCGGUCGGCCUGCUAAAUUCCAACAGCCAAGAGGUGUUCAACUCCAAGAUGGGGCCGGACCUUACCUGGAAAGAACUAUUGGCCAGCCUGCUGAACCAGCCACAAGAUAUUUUCCCUGAAUCGCUGCACCACAUUGCUGCUGAACACAUUGGAAAGGGCAAUAAGGAUGGCCUGCGUUCAUUGGUCGAGCUUGGGCUGUUCUCGGAUGUCGUCGCGGAACGACACGGAUCAGCCAUCGACACGCUUGCUCCUUACUUGGCUAAGGUCCUUGCUUUCAAAGAAAAUGAGCGGGAUCUGGUUUUGCUCAACCACGAUAUCGGCGUACAGCUUCCGGGUGGCACUCAGGAGAAACAUAGAAUCAGCCUUGUGGCAUACGGCGGCGAAAACGGGUUCUCGGCAAUGGCUCGUACAGUGGGCUACACCUGUGCAAUCGUCUCUCAUAUGAUCCUUGAAGGUGAGAUCCAAAGGGAGGGCGUGCUGCGGCCGGUCACCAAAGAAGUCUACCGCCCGGUGCUGAAACGUCUCGCCGACUUUGGCAUCACGGCCACGCACACAACCACGUUUGUCGCUUUGCCAGUUCGAUUUCGGCUUUUCAGGAAAUCGCCGAUGUCGAUC